CUAGUUAAGUUCAAUCACUCUCAGAGAUAUCACAUACAGUGCAUGAUUAGAUUAUACGAAAACCUUUUCCUUUCAAUCUUCAUUCCAUUAUUUUACCUCUUUCUGCAAUAUUCUGGGUGUAAUCUCUAAUGGCGGAUGGUUUUGAACUCUUUCAUAUCCCACAACAAAGCAGAAGAGAUAAACUUAGAAUUCUUUCUCAAAACAACAACCCGAACUCUGAUCAAAACCAUCUAACUUUCAUUGGGAACAGUAAUAAUCAUGUUUCAUGUUCAUCAUCAUCAUCAUUAGUGAAUUUUACAGGUACUUAUGAUACUACUAAUACUACUAUGCAUCCCACUGUUUCUUCAUCUUAUAAUCAUCAUCAACAGCCUUAUCAUGGUGUAACAAUAAUCCCAAGCUCAUCAAACAACAACAACUCGUUUCUUGGUUGUAGUACUUCUUCUUCUCAACCUCAUCAUCACAGAGUUUUUGAUCAGUAUUUUAAUGGUGGUGAUAUGUUAGGACAUGGAUUAUCUUUAUCUUUGUCCAACUCUCAAAAGACGCACCAUCAUCAUCAUCAUCAUGAUCAACAGAAUCUUCCUACUAGUGUUAGACCUUUUGCAGGGUAUGCUUUGGUUUUGAAAGGUUCAAGAUUUUUGAAACCUGCUAAGCAGCUUUUAGAAGAGUUUUGUGAUGUGGGUAGUAGUAGUAACAGUAGGUCUAAUUUUGUGGAUCAAGAUAGUUGUCUCAUGGAGUCUUCUGAGGAUAGAUUAGACUGUAGUGAUGAUCAGGAUGAGCACCAUCAUUGGAGGAAAACCAGGUUAAUUUCAAUUUUGGAUGAGGUUUAUCAGAGGUACAAGCAAUAUUACCAGCAAGUGCAGGCGGUUGUUGGAGCAUUUGAGUCUGUUACUGGCCUUGAAAAUGCAGCUCCCAACAUAGGGUUUUCUCUAAAUGCCAUGUCAAAGCACUUUAGACUUUUGAAGAACAUGAUUACUGGCCAACUUCGUUUUUCAAACAAAAGUUUAGUGGACGGAUCUGCUGCCAAACGCAACUUGGCUCCCACUGUCGGUGCAAGUCAUAAAGGUGUUCCUAACUAUACUCAAGUUCAAGAGUUUGGCAUCGAUGAACAUCAUGUUUGGCGACCACAAAGAGGACUUCCACAACGUGCUGUAGCUGUGCUUAGGGCUUGGUUGUUCGAACACUUUUUACACCCGUACCCUACUGAUACGGACAAGCAAAUGUUGGCUAAGCAAACCGGUCUAUCAAGAAGCCAGGUCUCCAACUGGUUCAUCAAUGCAAGGGUGAGACUUUGGAAGCCAAUGGUCGAAGAAGUACACUCGCUCGAAACACUUCAAACUCAUAAAAGACCUAAUCCAUCAGUUGAAGGCCAAAAUAGCUAGGAUGGUAAGAUGAACGAGGAACCAAGAAAAUUUGAAGUUAGCAGUACCCAAAUUCUGAGUAUCUACCCCCUUGGGAGUGAUUGCCGUUUGUUAAAUCUCUUGUAAACAUACCAUCAAUGGCUAUGUCGCCUUGUUACAUAGAACUUGUCUCUCCCUAGGUUAACAAGGGGUUUGCAGCGGGGAGGUUUAAUAGCCGAUCAGGCGCACAUAGUCUCAUCCUUCUAAUGCUAGCUAAUUGUUUACUGUUUUAUCUGCAUUACUGAUAAACAGAUCGACAAUGAAGGCUUUCCAAUAAAUUCACACAUGUAUGAAGUAAACAAUGGAAAAGGAAAGAGUACCAGCAUGACUGUAGGAGAGGAGAGCCUUAUGGAUGGUGGACGACAAGAUAAAUAUUCUGUGUGUCCUGGUGGAUUUUCUUUUCUUAUUCGGCUAUUCAUAUGUAAUGAUUAUAUUACAGUAAUGAUCAUCUUUCGUGUUGGAAAUCGUAAUGCUCAUUGCUCAUUGUUUGC